UCCUCCUGAUCAGUCCAACAUGGCGCCGUAGGGACGUUGUUAUUGUUCCGUCGCUCCCACAAGCAUUUGCAGUCCGACAAAAAUUACCCGGAAACAAAGGCCGAGCGUGUUCAUGCGGGCAUGAGAUCAACAACUGGAGAUAAUGUUAAGAUCCACCGGCUUCUUCCGAGGGAUUGACUGUCCGUUUUACACGGACUACAGCGAGGGCAAAGGCGGCAGAGAUGGGUGUAACAGACCGUACUGUCACUUCAGGCACAGCCAGCAGAGACGGUCGUCCUACGGAGCCCCGGCAGACGCUAAAAAGCAAAGAGAGCUUCUCCCCCCACACAAAGAGCAAGGGUAUGAUCCCUUCAACCCAGAAGUGGUGAGACCCCAAGAGCAGCAGAAUGGAAAGUUGGCUGACUCAGGAGACCUCAGCGGUGCUUUGGAGCUGGUCAACAAGGCCAUCGAGGAGGUCCGCAGCGAGGUGGAGAGGGAGAAGAGGAAGCUCUCUCGAAUCGGGGAUGAACCGUACAAUCCUAGCAAGAGUACCAGUUCAUCUUCAACUGAUGCUGGUAAAAGCAAAGCAGCAGGUUCACACUUGGCCUAUGAUCCUGGGAGUUAUCAGAUCACAUCAGGAGGGUAUAAUCCCACCCCUGGCUGCAGCAAGUACACCUUGGAUUUAGACAAUCAAGGGCACAGUAGUAACUCCAUGGAAUACGUUCCUACUUCAGUGAAAAAACCUGCAUCUCGGACACACUCACACCAACCCCCAUCUCCUCCCCCAAGCCCAAAAUAUUCAAACAGCACCUCCUCCUCUAAGUGCAAAUACACUGUGGACAAUUCUAGACCAUCUACAGACAUGGAGUAUGAUCCGCUGUCCAACUACUCAGCUGGAAUUGCAGCGAAAAGCAAGAGGGAAGAGGCUUCCCAACCUGUUAGGACGGAGGGUAGCAAGGCACACAAAUUAUUGGGGUCUGAUUUGUCAGAUGAGGACUUUGUUGUGGCUGUGAAAAAGCAACAACAGCAGCCUGUAGACAUAAAAAAGUACACAUUCUCUGACUCUGAUGAGGAGAGCUCUGGAACAGAGUAUCGACCUACAUCACUCAGUGUUCUCCAGCAGAGAAAAGGCAACAAUGGGUCAGCCACAGAUGCUUCUGAGAAGGAGAGGAAAGAAAGGACGGAAAGUAUGCUAAGUGCACUGACACAGAGGAAUAAAGACGAGUUGGCAAAGGACUCAGAUACCCAUGAAAAUAUUAAACGAAAGGACAACCUAGAAAAAAAGAAGCUGGUCAGUGGAAGUAGUCAAGAGAAAAGUGGUGCACCUAAUAAAGUCCAUAAACUUGAAAAGGAAAUAAACAAAUCAUCUGGUAGUAAGAGUAGUAGCAGCAGUAAAGACAAAGGUUCGAUAAAGAGCUCAAACCAGGACUCUGCAAAGAAGGAGAACAAGAGUCAUGGAAAGAAAGUUGAUAGAAAAAACAUGGUUAAGACUAAGACAUCUGACAAAGUUCAGAGGGAAGCCAGGGACGACAAGAGAAGUGAUGGUAAGAUUAAGACUGUGGAAAAAGUUAAAACAGACUCAAGCAAACAAGAUAAAGAUACAGAAAAUACCACGAGGGAAAGCAAGAAACCCAAAACAUCAGACAAAGAAAAAGAGCACAGCAAGUAUAAGGACCGGCAACACAAAAAUGGUAAGCUUGAUAGCAGUAAAAGAGAAAAAGACAUGAAUAAAGUUUCUAAAACCAGUUCUAGUAGCAGUAAAGGGAUUUCAGCACACAGUAAAGAGAAAGUGAAGCAAAACAUCGACUCAUCAAAUGGGAAAAGCCUUGAGGACAAACGGCAGAGUCUGAGCUUGAGCCAUGCUGAUCUUUUCGGAGAUGAGAGUCCAGAUGAGGCUGAGCCAAUGGAGGUGGAUUAUGACGACGAGGUAGAGGAAGUUCUGGUGAGGAAGUCAGCUGAUGCUUUUAGGAGGGGACGUCUGAACAAGAGGAAAGCUUCUGAGUUGACUCCGUCUUCCUCUGAGGAUGAGAGCGACCAUGAUGUGGAGCACAGCAGGAUGGGUAGGGAUGAGGUUGACGGUGUUAAUAUUGACUUCUCUAGUUUCCAAGAUGAUCUGGACUUUGACUCAGAUCCCAUGGAGGAAUGUUUGAGGAUCUUCAAUGAAUCUAAAGAUGUGAAGAGGGAAGACAAGGGAAGGCAAGCUAAGCAGCCCUGUAGGGAUUCAGAGGAGGAGAAAUGCACAGAGAGCACUUUAACCACUCUCUUCCCUGGUCAGAAGAAGAGAGUCUCACAUUUUGUUGCCAAAGGAAGUACUGAUGCACCACCUAAGAGUGUGGUGCGGCCGUAUAGGAGACCCACAGCCCAGGAGGUCUGCUACCAGCGUAUGCAGAUGGCACAACAGCAGGCAGCUCAGCUGUCGGCUUCAGUCAAAGCUGCCUCACAGAGCUCAAGCCCCAGCUUUUCUGGAGAAAGGAAGAGAAUAGCGCACCGUCCUAACCCACAGAUGUCAUACUCCAAAACAAGUCCUACAGAUGCUAAACCAGCCGCCAGUCGAGUGUUAUCCCCCAGCCAGGCUCAUCCGAGUGUCAAGGUCCAAACCACAGCUGGUAUCUUGUCCAAGACCUCAUCUACUAUCACGCAGAAGAGGGUGGCACACACACCCACCAUGAAGAGUUCUUCAAUGAAGCGUCCUGUCAUCCCCACUGACUUUGGGGCCAAAGUUCCCACCAACGUCCGCCAGCGAUACCUCAACACCUUCAUAGAUGAAUGUGUCAAAUUUUGCCCAUCAGAGGACGUUGCCUUUCAGAUGGCUCUUGAUGAGGAGAAGCUGGUGUAUGAGCGCAGCAACAGCAAGAACAUCUACCUCAAUGUAGCUGUCAACACGCUGAAGAAGCUCCGGAGCAAGAGCAGCUCCUGUCCGUCGCCUGUCACCAAGCACCCGGGGUUAGUAGCUAAAAGAAGAGCACAGUCCCAUGAGGAAGUUUUGGGAGGUCGUCUUGCUGCAACUACCAGCUUUACUGUCAACAGGAUGGGCAAACAGCAGGAGGAGAAACUCACUGGAGCCUCACUGUACAGGAAGCUGAAGGCGUACCUGAUGACAGAGGAGCAGCUUCAGGAACACGGAUACCCGAGGACAAACCCUGAGGCUGCCGGCAAGGCCAUCAUCUACAACCUCCCAGAGAAGAAGAACAUCGCAGACCCAUUCACCAAGAUUUGCUGUCGAUGUGGCGCGGAGUAUAAGAUCAAUGUCAACGGCAACUGCGUGCGGAAAGAGGAAUGUAGCUUUCACUGGGGACGCUUACGCAGACAUAAAGUUGCUGGAGGAUGGGAGACCAGCUACAGCUGUUGUGCUGCAGCUGUAGGUGCUCCAGGCUGCCAGAUGGCCAAGCAACAUGUUCAGGACGGGCGUAAAGAGUCACUCGAUGGCUAUGUGUCAACAUUCAGCAAACCUCUGUCACCAGACAGACAUGCAGGGGUGUUUGCUUUGGACUGUGAGAUGUGUUACACAAAGCAGGGUCUGGAGCUGACAAGGGUGACGGUCAUCGACUCUGAGAUGAAAGUUAUCUACGAUACGUUUGUCAAACCUGAAAGCAAAGUGGUCGAUUACAACACAAGGUUUUCAGGUGUGAUGGAGGAGGACUUGGAGAGUGCUACCAUCACCCUGAGAGAUGUUCAGGCGGUGCUGCUCAGCAUGUUCAGCGCUGAAUCCAUCCUCAUCGGACACAGUCUGGAGAGUGACCUCCUUGCUCUGAAGCUCAUCCACAGUUCAGUUGUAGACACGGCCAUCGUGUUUCCUCACCGCCUUGGUUUGCCCUACAAACGUGCCUUGAAGAACCUGAUGGCCGAUCACCUCAAGCGCAUCAUCCAAGACAACGUGGAGGGCCACGACUCGAGUGAAGAUGCUUCUGCCUGCAUGGAGCUGAUGAUUUGGAAGAUCAAGGAGGAUGCCAAGGUGAAAAGAUGACCUCUGACCCGUCAACUUCACUUUCUUCAGAAGGAUUUCCUGCCUUGCCGGGAGAAACAGAAGUUCAGGAGGCCUGCACCUGCUCUCAGAGAGCUUAGGUCAGAGUCUUGGUGGGGAGAUGGUUGUUUUCAGCGGAAAAACCCCAGAGAGGAGCUUGUGUUGUUACUACCUACUGCAUCAGAGAAGAGAAGUGUCGGACCCCUCAAAGCAAUAGGAGCCUAAAUUAACUGUUUUCAUUUGCUUAUUGAUACUUCAGUUCUAAAAAAAAUGUUAGUUAAAAAGUAUUUCUGUUUACUUGAGCUGUGUCUUAUUAAGGCCUCAAACUUAUUCAUAAAUAAAACCUUUCUAUAGAAGAGCUUAAAGCUGAACAUUGAUGACUAAUAGGGUGUAUCUUCAGCCUAAAUUGCACUAUAGAAACGCUCUUGUUGUAUAGGGCCCAAGUCUGAGUACCUCAUGUGUACUAUAAAGCAACUCUUGUUAUUUAGUUACACUUAAGUGCAUUCAUGUCUUAGUCAAACAUUGCUCUGUAAAUGCACUUGCAUUUUUCAUGUUGCACCUCGUUUUUCCUCACUGAUGCUCUGUUAUAUAUACGGCAGUUAUCGAGUUAAUUUUGUUGGUUGGCUCUCAAACAAAGCUGAGAAAUCCUAUAAUACUUGAUCAUAUAAAAGACCCUCAGCAGAAAUGUAAAGUCUCUGCUACUACCUAUUUGGUAUAGUUGAUGGAGUAUAUCAGUGUAUUUUAUAGUUCAGACAAAAUACAGACUAUAUCCGCCACUGUCUCCGUCAUGUGCACUGCAUGAAAACAAACUAGAGGAGUCUUUGUGAUAGCAGGUCUGACAUGUUAAUCCUCAAAAAUUAGACUAAUUUAGGUUCAGUGUUGUCAAAUAAGACCUGGGUAAUUACAAACAUUUACCAUUUAGUGCGUAUCAGCUAACCUGUGCUGUUUUACGUUGAAAAUGACUGAAAAAUGCCAGAGUGCUGUAAAUACGCUCAAGGCAGUUUCCUUUUGUAUUUGUUCAUAUUUUGGUUGUUUAUCUUUUUCUAUUAAAACGUAAUAGUUCAAACAAAA